AUGGCAGCCUCAUCAGCUUCAAUUGCCGCAUCAAGACUUCUAAAUCUGCGAAAUCCUGCACUGCAUCACCUCACGCGCCGCCAUCUCCUCCAUCCCGCCGCCGCCUCUUCGGAUCUGAUUCAACCCGCCUUUUCUAGCCCCAACCUUUCCGAUGCCGGAUCUGCGAACUUAUUUCACCUGGGGAACGGCAGCCUCGAUUCGCAUCGCCGCCGUUCAACAAAUCCGACGGAUUUGAAUUCGAAUCUCCCGAUGAUUCUGCAAUGGUCGUUCGGUUCCUCCGCGACGCAAAUCGAGGCCGCUGCUGCGGGGCGUAAAAUUGUCCCCGAAGAAGAGGAAGAAGAAGAUACCGAUGAGGACUUUAUGGAUGAUGACGAGGACGAUGACGAUGACGACGACGACGAUGAUGACGAGAUAGAUGAUGUCAUCCUAGAUAGAGACGAGGAUUAUAAUACUACUCGCCGAUAUUACAUAUAUCUUUCUCGCCACACUCCAUGUCAUGAUUUGAGAGGGGUCGGUGGUUGUGACGAUGGAAUCGACUAUGAUGUUGGAGGCGGUGGCAUGGGGAGAGGGAUGGUGAUGGCGGGCCGCGGCUCUGGGGAGGCGGUGGCGGUGAGCGGCGUUCGUCAGGAGGGCAGCGAUGGGGGGCGGCGCUCGGGGGCUGGGGAUGGUGUCGGUGGUGCUCGACGUUGUGCGACUGGCAUGGGGGAUGGAUGUGAUGGCGGCGGCGGCUCUAGGGCGGCGACGGCGGAUCUGGGGCGGCGUUGGUCAUGA